AUGAAGACCCUGAUGCGCCAUGGUCUGGCAGUGUGUUUAGCGCUCACCACCAUGUGCACCAGCUUGUUGCUCGUGUACAGCAGCCUCGGCGGCCAGAAGGAGCGGCCCCCGCAGCAGCAGCAGGCGCCGGCGACCGGCAGCGCGCAGCCCGCGGCCGAGAGCAGCCCCCAGCCGCGCCCCGGGACCCCCGCGGGACCGCGGCCGCUGGACGGAUACCUCGGCGUGGCGGACCACAAGCCCCUGAAAAUGCACUGCAGGGACUGUGCCCUGGUGACCAGCUCAGGGCAUCUUCUGCGCAGUCGGCAAGGCCCCCAGAUUGACCAGACAGAGUGUGUCAUCCGCAUGAAUGAUGCCCCCACACGCGGCUACGGGCGGGACGUGGGCAGCCGUACCAGCUUGAGGGUCAUCGCGCAUUCCAGCAUCCAGAGGAUCCUCCGCAACCGCCACGACCUGCUCAACGUGAGCCAGGGCACCGUGUUCAUCUUCUGGGGCCCCAGCAGCUACAUGCGACGGGAUGGCAAGGGUCGGGUCUACAACAAUCUGCAGCUGCUGAGCCAGGUGCUGCCUCGGCUGAAGGCCUUCAUGAUCACGCGCCACAAGAUGCUGCAGUUUGAUGAACUCUUCAAGCAGGAGACUGGCAAAGACAGGAAGAUCUCCAACACUUGGCUCAGCACUGGCUGGUUCACAAUGACGAUUGCACUGGAGCUCUGUGACAGGAUCAAUGUUUAUGGCAUGGUACCCCCAGACUUCUGCAGGGAUCCCAAUCACCCUUCAGUACCUUAUCAUUAUUAUGAACCUUUUGGACCUGAUGAAUGCACAAUGUACCUCUCCCACGAGCGAGGACGCAAAGGCAGUCAUCACCGCUUUAUCACAGAGAAACGAGUCUUUAAGAACUGGGCACGGACAUUCAAUAUUCACUUUUUUCAACCAGACUGGAAACCAGAAUCAGUUGCUAUAAAUCAUCCUGAAAAUAAACCUGUGUUCUGA